AAAAACCCCAGUCUCUCUCUUCCUGCGUUCCUCAAAAACCCUACCCCUUCAAAAUCGAAACCCUUCAUUCUGCUACUGCUGCUAUCAACUCUGGUUCAUUCAAACCCGAUAAAGGAACAAGCUUUUUCGUUCUAAAUUACUAUCUGUCAGUAGUAUUAGGUAGAUAAAGAGAUGGAGCAAUCGCAAGAGCUCACUCUCGUGGCAAGAAAACCAUACUUUGACCUCCCAACAGCUUGCCCAAUCUGCUUGCCUGUCUACAUUUAUCUCAAGCUUUCUCGACUUCCCUUUACCUUGGAGUUUAAUUCUAUCUACCCUGAUUCAGAUCAAAUCCCUUAUGUUGAAUAUGGUGCUUAUGUGGCCUAUAAUAACGAGAAUGAUGGAGUUAUUGAACGUUUAAAGGAAAAAAGUGUAAUUGAUCUCGAUUCUGAUUUCCAAGCAGUCCCUGAGUGGAUAUCAGCAAAAGCAAUGAUCGAUUCUUGGCUUGCUGAUGCAAUCAUGUAUGAACUGUGGCUAGGGUCUGAUGCAAGUGUGGCUGACAAGAUUUAUUAUUCUGAUCUCCCAUGGCCCAUAGGGAAGAUUCUGUACUUAAAGCAAGUAUAUAAUGUGAAGCAGCGACUUGGGAUAACCAAAGACAAUGCCCAGUGGAGAGAAGAACAGAUUUACAAGAAGGCAAAGAUGGCAUAUGAAGCUCUGUCAACUAGGUUAGGAGACCAGAAUUUCCUCUUUGAGAAUAGGCCAUCAAGUUUAGAUGCAUGUUUCCUUGGACAUGCUCUUUUCACUCUUCAAGCAUUACCUGAAACCUCAAUGCUUCGUGGAAAGCUUUUGCAGCAUGAUAAUAUUGUAAGAUAUGCUGAAAAACUCAAAAUGGAGUUUCUAGAGGCUGGGUCAUCAUCUUCUGUCCCACAGCCACACUCAUCCCCUUCCUCAUCAGCUCAAAGAAGAGGGACCUGGAAUUGGAGUUCAAAGCCUAAGGGCAAACCCAAGAGGGAAAAAACAGAGGAGGAGAAAAAAUUUAAAAAAAGAGCCAAAUACUUUUUGGCAGCACAAGGUAUUGCAGUACUACUCUUUCUGUCAGUCAUGGGCCGUGGUUCUGCUGAAGUGGAGCUUGAGGAUGAUGAUGAAGGCUUCAGUUAUGACUGAAAGUGCUCCCCAUAAACUCAAGUUGUGUCCUCAUAACUAACACUUUCCCUGUGACUACCAACAAGGCAAGCGGAAUUUUGGGAUCAGUAUUCCUUUUUAUUUGUUAUUCUGUAAUUUUUCAUCAAAAUUUUGGAAAAUAAUUGCCUAUACAAAUUAAAAUUAUCUGAUUCUUCUCAUCAAGGGAUUGAGAUCUUAUUUGAGUAGUAUAUUUUCUACUUGUAUUGUUGCUUCUUUUUACUUUUGAAUAAAAGCAUUCUCUGGUU